GUACUCCAUGGACUGAAGAGGAGCAUCGGAUGUUUUUAAUUGGCCUUCAGAAAUUAGGGAAGGGAGACUGGCGUGGUAUAUCACGAAAUUUUGUUGUGUCAAGGACUCCAACUCAGGUAGCAAGUCAUGCACAGAAGUAUUUCAUCCGGCAGACUACUGCUACCCGAAGAAAGAGGCGCAUAAGCCUUUUUGACAUGGGUGUCGAUGAUAUGGCCACUGAUACCCCACCAGUGCCAGAAGAACAAGUGUUACUUCCUUCACCUCUGGCCAGAGAAACCGAUAAUAGCAGUUCACUACCCUCUCUAAAUCUUUCCCUGAACACAGAAUUUGAACCCAUGGAAUCUAAAGAGUCAGUAAAAGAACCUGAAGAAACUGUGAUUGGAUCAAAUGGGUUUAGUCCAAUGGUUCCUGGUUUCUUACCUGUGUAUAUACCAGUCCCUUACCUGUUCUACCCGCCAAACACAGCUUCCCUGGAAGAAGAUAAGGAAGCAGGGGCAUCUCAUCCUCACCAGAUUCUGAAGCCUACUCCAAUGCUUCCUAAAGAACCUGUCAAUGUUGAUGAACUCGUUGGCAUGUCUCAGCUCAGUAUAGAAGAGGUGGGGGGAGGCUUGAGAGACCCUUCGCCACUGUCCUUAAACCUGCUGGGAGGGCCAGCUAGGCAGUCAGCGUUUCAUGCAAACGCUCCUGAGAGCAGUUCAAAUUUAAGCAAGGGAAAGACUACCCCCAUACAAGCAGUUUGAAUUGGUGGGGAAUGAUGAUAUUUUGUUCCCCUUUUAGGUAAUCCUCUCUUUUUUGUACAAUUAUAUGUUCUCCAAGACACAUCUUGUCUUUUUUUUUUCUUUGGUAGUAUGAAGUUUUGCUGCUCAAUUUAUAGGUACAUUAAUUGGGUUGGAUAUUAUUUCAAUUCUUUCAGAUUGUAGAAAUAGCUAUUAGUUGGAAUAAUUCAAUUGGUUUUGGCCACAAA